AUGGGACAAGAGGAGAGUCACAACGAGGAGAUGGAUUUGGCUCAGAUUCAGGAGCUGUGUAUCGUUUUCAUGAAGGAGUGUCCGAGCGGAGCGCUGCACCUUCACGAGUUCAAGAGGAUCUUUGGGGUGCCGAGUACUUCUGCAGAGGAGUCCCUUUACAUAGAGACCAUAUUCCGCUCAUUCGACACUAACAAGGUAGGGGAGACCAGGGACGGCUACAACAAUUUUUUUUUAGUCAUGUUUUUUUAAAAUUACCUGAGCGCGAAUCCUGCGCAAAAUGAUCCACAAUUUACAGCAUUUGGGACCUAGAGCUGCAAAACUUUUUUUUUUUUUAAACCAGAUAUUUUUUUAAUCAUCAUUUAGUUUUUAAAAGCCAGAAAACUGAGACAAAAUUUGCAAAAUCAAAAUACUUAAUAAAAAAAACAACUUUUUGUGUCAUUUGUCACUUAAAAACUGUAGUGCGGUUUCAAAAUAAAAGAAAAAAAUAUAAAUAUAUAUUUAUUUGAUCUGACUCAUUUUUUUGCGCACAUGCGAUUACAUAAAAUCUCCUUAUGCAAAAAAAGAAAUGUAGGAAGUGUUUUAAGAGAGGUUAAAAAGCCAACAGAGUUACACAAGAGACCUCGCCGAUUAAAAUCAACAAAUUCAAUAAUGAAAGGGCGACAACAAACAAAGAAAUAAGUGAGAUGAUCCAUCUAAUCCACGUUUUUUAAAAAUAAUUUGUUUGUACUCGCCUGUAUAUCAGGGAGAACUGAGCAUGAUGCCAUCUAUAAAAAGGACGGCUGAGAUAAUCCACCUGUCUGCUAGUCUAUUAAUAAUUUUGACAAUGCAAAGAAAAUGUAAAGAAAAAGGAAAGAAGAUAUAUUUUUACAUAAACAAAAAUAUCUGAUGAAGAGUUUCAGAGUUUCAAACAUUAAUUUAGACCGAGAAUCUAAAUAUAUCUCUUACAACAGUAUUUACCUGCGAAAAAAGGACCACAGUAAUCCUCUCCCACCCUGAACCCAUGCUGCAGUUUGGAUUAUCUCAGUGCUGAGCUAUAAAAAACUAAAGGACACCAUAUUUACUUGGUCCAGCUGGCAGACACAUCUUCAAAUGUGGGAUAUCUUUCUUUGGUGUUACUUUGAUAAAUCCAGAGGACGCUGUUGUGCCAUUUUUAGCUUCCUAAUGUCCACCAAUAUUCACCAAAUUAUAAAAACAUGGUCUCAGUCUAUCUGAGUGUUCACUAUCUUGAGUAUAAAGAAAAGAUGUCAAUCUAGAUGUCGAUUAAGGACAUGAAAGUCUACAAAUCAUGACAGAUGGUUUUUAUCACCAUCAUCGUCAUCAUCAUCAUCAUCAUCAUCGUCAUCAUCAUCAUCAUCAUCAUCAUCCUGCUGUUUCUACAAACACAAGUGUCAACAGGCAGACAUGAACUCCUUUUGCAUGGAUAGAUCUGAUGUGAUGAAGUUCAUCUGUUUUUUUUAAAUAAAAAGUCAUCACUGAUUGGUCAAUACUUACACUAUAAUAGUGUCUUGACCAAUCAGAAUCAAGUAUUUUACUCAGCCUGGUAAUAUAAAGGGGUUGAACACCAUGUUGUCACAUGUGUUUAUUGACUUUAUUUAUGCCUGUGUUUGAUAUCAAGCCGUUAAUACCAAAUUAACGGCUUUCCAAAGGGACCACAUUUGAAGUUAAUUAAACUAAAAUUAGGUCAAUUAGGCUAAGUUAAAUGAGGUUAAAUAGGUUCACUGUUAACCCAGACUACAACUUUGUGAUCACAAUAGAUUAAUAUUCAAUUUAUAGCUUUAAGACGACUGUAAUCUGAUUGGAUAAGGACUUGACUUCAACUUUAUUCAUGUGAGAUUACAGUUUAAACGCGUCUUUAAUCUCAUAACUCAUAAAUGACUGCAGUCUUCUGAGAUUAUGAAACGACUGUGACUUCAUUCCCAAGAGAUAAAGAUUGAACUCACUUUCUUUCUUGCUUUCUUUCUCUUAUUUUUCAGGACAACACUCUUGAUUUCCUGGAGUAUGUCGCCGCUCUUCACCUGAUCUUACGAGGGAAUCUUGAGGACAGACUCAAGUGGUCGUUCAAGAUGUACGACAAAGAUGGGAAUGGAAAGCUGGAUCGACACGAAGUGAAGCGAAUCAUCAGGGUAAGAAAGAAACUUUCAGACAUUUAAAGUUGUUUUUAAACCAGGGAGUGAUUUUGCUCUGUAGGGCCAAAGUUGGGCCGGUUUUCAUGAAGUCAAACUGUCAGAAACACCAGCUUUCAUAACGGCCAAUCCUCUCAGCACAGAUUAUUGUAGUGACCGAGUCACGGGGCUUAUGUUCCCGCUCAAGAGUCUCAGAAGGGAGUGGACAGUCAGUGGGAGCUUUUCUCAAAAUAAACGUCUUUACUGAACAUUACUGUAAGCCUCCAAGUCAGAGGAGUAAAAUUAGCCCAUCGCCCACCUGACCUGACCUGCUGGAGAGGACUUAGGUAACACCUGCACUGUUUACCUGAAGGAGAAUAAUGCAGCCCUCAUAACAACAACAAUGAUGAUAAUAAUGAUUCGCUUCACUUCUUGAAGCGGGUCUUUAGCCUCCUCACAAACAGCUACAGCCCACCUGUCAGUCAAGCCAACCGUGCCUCUGAUUGGCUGAUUUUGUAACCUUGAUACCUUUACAGCAUGUGAUAAAAAUCCCUCCUUGUUCAGUGGGAGCUCUGAGAUAUUCAGACUGACACUGUGUUUUAAAUCAGACAUGUUGAAAGCUGUGAACAAGCAACUUUGGAAAACUUAGGGAAUGCGUGUUAUAAAGAAACUUUAAAAACUUUAUGCAGGUGGAGGAAAUGUUAUAUUUCAUAAAUGGGAAAUUGCAUCACAAAGCAAGGUGAAAUUGAAGAAAAGAGUCUGAAGAGUGCGGAUCGAUCCGGUAAAAACUGAUGACAAAAAGAGAAAAAAAUAAAUAGAAGAUUAAAUAGAAACAUUUACAGAUAUUCUUUACGUGUCUCACACAGAUAAUUCACAAACUCAACUCCCGGAGGAGCGACGGCCACAUGUCUCCGUCUGAAAUCUGUGACAGGAUCUUUGAGCUGGUGGACCAGAACAAAGACGGUGAGUCGGUCAUUCACACUCUUGUCUAAAAAAAGGAGAAAAAACAAGAGGACUGGACUGAAAGAGAGCCAUGUUCAACGUGCAGUUUUGUCUUGAAAGUUUCAUGAAAAAGCAGAUUUUAAAUGAAUAGUAUAGACUUUAUUUUAGGAGUUUAUUCUCUAAAUUCUCUACUUCGAUCUGGCCCUGAUCCUGCUAUUAUGACUGAAAGCUCUGCACAUGUCAAACUUACGGUGACAAAAAAUAUAUAUUGAUUUAAGUGUUUAACAUGAAGACAAUAAAUGAUGUAAACAUACAAACAUUUUGGAAACAUACAAAUAAAAAAAAAAACAUAAUAUCUUGUGAGUUUAACAUUUAGGGCCACUGUACAAACUGUAGCUCAUGUGUGGGUUCAUUUUAGGCGUUUGUUAAAAAAAAAAAAACACUAUCCAACCACAGAAACUUAAAAACAGUAUUUUAAUUUUCUCUAAAGUUCUACUUCUUGUUGUCGUUCAUUAUUUUUGAUGAAUUUAAAGUCCUACAUGUUUCCGUUUGGUCUCCUCCAGGUCAGAUCACUCUGUCCGAGUUCAUGGAGGGCGCUCAGAAGGACGAGUGGGUGAUGAAGAUGUUAAAGCUGGACGUGAACGCGACAGGCUGGGUCAUCCAAAACUGUGGGAAGUUACCGUGA